AAAUGUCAAUUCAAGCGGUUCGAAACCGUUCAACGUCGUCAACCCGGCGCCUACUCACUACAUCCUCCCAAAUCCACCAGACCUUUCACCUAUCAGAUGGUCGAACACUAGGCUUCGCCGAAUUCGGAAAACAAGAUGGAAAGCCCGUUUUUUACUUCCAUGGAUAUCCUUCUUCGAGACUCGAAGCUCAGCCGAUUCAUGAAAUUGCUCAACGCUGUAGUGUUCGUCUCAUAGCUAUAGACAGACCCGGCUUUGGACUGUCGACAUUUAAACCUGGCUAUCAAAUCUUGGAUUGGCCAACUGAUGUGAUGGAGUUUGCUCAAGCACAUCAAAUCCCAAAGUUCUCUGUCUUGGGUCUCUCGGGUGGCGGUCCUUUUGCUCUGGCUUGCGCUUAUGCCUUGCCCAAGCGUGCAAUUACAAGUGUUGGGCUCUUUGCCACUGCACCGCAUUGGGCGGCUGGUACAAAGCACGUUGAAUAUUACCGUCGAGUCUUCAAAGUCUGGGCGGAAUAUUCUCCAUCGACUCUCCGUGCAGCACUAUACAUGCUGUACCUAUCACUGAGAUGGAUUGUUCUAUCCGGUCCUGUUUCCAGAAGACUCAGCAAAUGGCUCGAAGCUCAACACAAAAAGGAAGAAGCAGAGAGUGAGGCUCCAAAACCAAAGUCUCUGAGCUUAGAAGAGUUGGUAGAAAUGGUUCUCGACGAGCCGUUCCGCCAAGGAGCCGACGGUGCCGUACACGAGAUGAACCUCCUCACAUCUAAGAACUGGGGGUUUGAUCUUGAGAAGGUCCAGUAUGACAAUAUUCAAAUAUGGCAUGGGAAGAAGGACGUGAAUGCACCUAUCCAGAUGAUUCGGUAUAUGGCGGAGCGGAUACGAGGAUGUGAAUUGCAUGAGUUUGAGGAUGAGACUCACUAUACUAUGUAUAAGCACUUUGAACCAGCGUUGCGGGAAUUGGUCGAAUAAGGGUCUGCCUAGAGACCGGAGGUGUUGGUUGAGAAAGAAAUAAGAUUGGGAGUUGGGAUUGAGGUGAUAGAGUGGAAUAACUAGAUUUUGUACAAUAGAAUAGCUGAAGAUUUCAUCUCCGCAUGGUUUCCAUA